AACACGCAAAGGAGUUUCAACGCUCGCACAAGUCACUUGCUCUCACGCAAUUCGUAGAAAUCGAAAUUUUUUAACGCCUCUAAACAAAUCAAAGCAUUAUCCUGUUAUCAAUGAAUACAAAAACAAAUAGUGUUAUGCUCAUUGUGAUACAGUUUUGUGAAAGUGUAAUAAUCUGAAGAUAACAUGAGCGCUAUAGUGAACGCCGCUGCCGACGUGAUAUCGGGCACUGCGAUCGCCGCAGCGGGCACGCAGGUAGCCUGGUUCAUACCAAUGUUGGUAGCGGCUAUAGCAUACUACCAAUUCGACCAAAAUGACCCCGAAGGCCGUCCAGCGGAUAUAGGAGACGCACGGAUACUGCCGGAAUAUGACUUUAUCAUAAUUGGAGCCGGCUCUGCUGGCGCGGUAGUUGCAAGCCGCUUAUCCGAAAUCGGGCAUUGGAAUGUACUCCUGCUAGAAGCUGGGGGAGAUGAAACGGAGAUAUCAGACGUUCCUUUACUAGCUGGCUAUCUGCAGCUCAGCAAACUGGACUGGAAGUAUAAGACUGAACCCCAAGGAACCAGUUGCUUGGCUAUGGAAGGUGGUCGUUGCAAUUGGCCGCGUGGUAAAGUCCUCGGUGGUAGUUCAGUUUUGAAUUACAUGUUAUAUUUGCGAGGAAACAAAAAGGACUACGAUAUUUGGGAGUCCCAAGGCAAUAAGGGCUGGGGAUACAAAGACGUUCUCUAUUAUUUCAAGAAAUCUGAGGACAAUCAAAAUCCAUAUUUGGCCCAAACACCAUAUCAUAGUACAGGAGGAUACAUGACUGUGGCUGAGUCUCCAUAUCACACUCCUCUUGUAUCGAGUUUUAUUGAAGCUGGUUUAGAAAUGGGGUAUUUGAAUCGUGACAUAAAUGGCGAAAACCAAACUGGUUUUAUGGUAGCACAAGGAACACUGCGUCGUGGAAGUCGUUGCUCCACGUCGAAAGCCUUCUUACGACCAGCAAAAGAUCGUACAAACUUACACAUUGCUAUGAACUCUUUUGUUACAAAGGUCCUAAUCGAUCCAAGGACAAAAAUAGCUUUCGGUGUAGAGUUUAUACGAAAUAAAAUGGUUUAUCGUAUACGAGCAAGGAAGGAAGUAAUUGUGUCAGCAGGGACGAUCAACUCCGCUCAGAUAUUACAGUUAUCUGGAAUUGGUCCAGCGGAAGAACUAGCGAAACAUCGCAUACCGUUAAUACAAAAUCUUCAAGUGGGGAAAAACCUUCAAGAUCAUAUCGGGUUAGGUGGUUUAGCUUUCAUGAUAAACAAGCCUAUGUCUAUUGUUGAACACCGUCUGCAUACUGUGAGUACUCUGAUGCAGUAUGCGGUAUUAGGCGAGGGUCCCUUAACGAUAAUGGGUGGAGUUGAAGGUUUAGGGUUUGUCAACACUAAAUAUGUCAACGCAUCUGAUGAUUUCCCUGAUAUAGAAUUUCAUUUCAUAUCUGGUUCCACUAAUUCUGAUGGCGGAGAACAAUUACGUAAAGUUCAUGGUUUAACUGAAAAGUUUUAUGACGCUGUCUUCAGACCAAUAAAUAACAUGGACGUGUGGAGUAUAAUACCGAUGUUAUUACGUCCUAAAAGCAAAGGUUAUAUUCAACUGCGAAGUGCUAAUCCUUACGAUUAUCCUUAUAUCUAUCCUAAUUAUUUAACAGAUGAAAUGGACGUGAAAACAUUAGUGGAAGGCGUGAAAAUUGCAGUAGCCGUUUCACGAACUAAGGCCUUCCAAAGAUACGGUUCAAUGUUAAAUCACCACCUUUUUCCCGCUUGUAGAAGUUUACCAAGAUAUUCCGACGCCUACUGGGAAUGUAUGAUUCGUCAGUACACAUGUACUAUAUAUCAUCCAGUGGGAACAGCUAAAAUGGGUCCUUAUUGGGAUCCAGAAGCGGUAGUCGACCCAGAACUUAAGGUGUAUGGAGUCAAAAACCUAAGGGUAAUCGACGGCAGUAUAAUGCCUAAUUUAGUGAGCGGAAAUACAAAUGCACCGAUUAUUAUGAUUGGAGAAAAAGGCAGCGACAUGAUAAAAGAGUUUUGGUUGAAGCGUAGACGUUCCAGAUAUUAUUUGUGAUUUAAUGUACAAAACAGUAUUAAUAAGGAUAAUAUUCGUAGAACUAAGGAUUGUACAUAUUAUUUAUUCUAACUUAUUUCGUUACCUAUUAAUAAGAAAAAUAA